ACGUCAAAUCGAUGUAAUCACAUAUUUCUUAUCGUAACUUCAUAACCAUUGGAGUUCUCUAUACGCGUGGAGCUUUUGUACUAUUAUUCACAUUAAAUAAUAAACAGUUUUUUUAUUCGUUUGUAAAAAGAAAAAUAAAGAAAUAAUAUUUCGUUGAUUUUUUCUAAGUAAUAUCGUAUCAGAUAAUCUUCAGUGUAUUUGUGAAUACAUCGAGAGAUAGUACGGCCAUAUUACUUUUAGGAACGCAGAACUGGAUGUUUCCGAAGGAAACAUGGCCGAAGAAAAUCGUUUCGCUUGUGUAGUGAAAUUCUGUGUAAACAUGUUUUAAGAUAUUUUUCGGUAAGAAAAGCGUAUCACAAUAAGCAAAGAUGACUUCGAUACACUUUGUCGUUCAUCCUUUACCGGGAACCGAUGAUCAACUUAACGAUAGGUUUAAAGAAGUUGCAGAGAAGAUCAAUAGAUACGGUUAUGUUACCCCAGCUGCAUUUAAUGGAUUAAAGGUUCCAAUAAAACGUAUUGUCAUUGGUCCGACUCAUAUAGCCUUACUCACAGAGGACAAUAGAAUCUGUCGUGUCGCAUUUACAGUAUUGUCUGAUCGACUGGAUUUAAGUAAAACUGAACCGAACAGAAAUACAACCAAAAACCAUGUUGGAAAUUCGAAUUCUACUCCUAGUGGUAGCGGAAAUAGUGGAAGUGGUAGCAGAGCAGGUAUUUCUCGUUCAAGGGCAAGGAUUAUGAGAAGCAGUUCUGCUAUUCGGGGUGGUAGUAAUAGUGGAGGUAGUGGUAGCAGUGGAAGAAUAGGACCUCCUGGAGUGAUCAUGGGAAGCGGAAGUGGUAACAGCUCACGUCCUAUUGCUUCAGUUCCUGCUCCAUUUGUACCAGAAGAUCUAAUAUCUCAAGCUCAAGUAGUAUUGCAAGGAAAAAGUCGCAAUUUAAUUAUCAGAGAAUUGCAGCGUACUAAUUUAGAUGUGAACUUAGCUGUGAAUAAUCUUUUGUCACGUGAUGAUGAAGAAGGGGAUGAUGCCGAUGAUGCAGCAGAUAGUUAUGUACCAGAAGAUCUUAUCUCUUUAUUAGAUGGAGGCUUUAGUAAUAAUGAUCAUUCUGUUAUAAUCGAUGCAGACUCUAUGUUUUCUGAAGACAUGUUUGGCUAUGCAGGCAUACGGCACCGUGGAAGUUCUUCUAGAAGACUUGGUAAUGACAGAGAAGGAGAACGUUCAUCUGAACGUGAUAGAGACCGUGACAGUUUUAGCAGGUGGAGGGAUCGUCAAUAUUACGGACCACGACGUUGGUUAGAAACUGCUCUAAAAGAUUCUUGGGAGAAAGAUCCUGAAAACAAAAAAAAGGAAUUAGCUUCUCUAAGCCCUUUAUGGAUAUCAGAAGAAUUGGAGUGGUGGCACGAACGUAGUAAUGAAGCUGCUCCACGUUUUGUUCAAAUUGCUGCACUUUACAGCGAAUUAAUAGCUGUUUCCACAUCUGGACAAUUGUACCAAUGGAAAUGGUCUGAUCCGGAACCUUACAAACAUUUAGAGAAUCCAAAUGUCCAUCAUCCAAAAACUAUACCACUAGCAUUAUUAACAGAAAAAAUAGUUAAUAUAUCAGCAACAGCAAUUCGCUGUUCUGUUAGUACAGAAAGUGGCAAGGUAGCUACGUGGUUAGACGAACUUUUGGGUCAUGUUGCUUCUCGUUUGGAACAUCCAGCACAAGCUUUUACUGAAUUUACAUUGGACAAAAUUGUAUCACUUCAUACAUGUGCUUUAUAUACUGUAGCAAAACUUGAAAGUGGUGCAUUGUAUUGGUGGGGAGUUUUGCCAUUUUCUCAGCGUAAAAAAUUAUGGGAAAAAUAUAAAGCAAAAUCACGUAAACAUAGACCAUCUACAGUGAUAUCAAAUGACAUUAGUUACGGUACACAUGUUUGCAUGAAAAACAGUCCGAUGUAUCAACCUGGUGCAAUAGGAUUUACAAUAGCUAAUGGAGUACCAAAAGUAGGACAACUAUUAUCAGCUGCUUGGAACUUAGAUGCAACUUGCAGAUUUAAAAUAUUACCUGCUGGAUCACAUUUACCUAAUUCAAAUUUUGAUAAACGCGAAUCAAAUGGAAAUGGAAAUACUUCUAUAAAUAAGUCAAAUCAUAAAGAAACAGCUGAUCGUCUUGAUAUGCCACCACCUCCUUCGCCUGCUUCUAGUACAUGUAGCGACACAGGUAGCAUCACAACAAGUCAUAAGAGACAAAAACGUUUAACACCUCGAAAUGAAGGAGAACCCGAGCGAAAGGAUGAAGAAGAUUGGCAGUUAAAAGAUGUGAUAUUUGUAGAAGAUGUUAAAACCGUUCCCAUCGGGAAAGUCAUUAAAGUCGAUGGUUGUUACGUAGCAGUUAAGUUCUUUUCAAAAGAUUCAAAAGAAAAGGAGAAAGAAACUAAAGAGAAAGAUUUCAGUACGUCUGAUUUUAAAGAUUUAACAGCUGAGGAAUUGAUCAAAUUAUUAGCAGACUGUAGACUACUAAGAAAAGAUGAAUUACAAGUUAUUAAAUCAUCGAUGAAUCCGAGAGCACCCGAUUGUUUCCAACGUACACCUAGAAGAGUUAAUAUAGUAGAGGGCUCGAGUGAUAAUCUUUUAACUAUUGCAACAGACGGGCAGGGAAUUCAUGGAAUAUUAAAAAGUGGAAAUAAGUUGAGCUAUGUUGUGUAUAAUUUAAGUACAGGAAGAUAUGUCCAAGAUUGCUAUAUUCCUUCAGAUAUUAAUGCUUUCUUAGGAUUACAGCCUCAAAAUAUUAAUUUAACAAGUGCUGGAGAAAAUAUUGAAUGUUCCAUGAUACUUAGAGAUGGAAAUAAUACAAUUUAUCCAAUAGCAAAAGAUUGUGCUGAUGCUAUUCGAGAUCCAAAUUGGUUAGACUUACUUCCAGUAGUUUGCAUUGGAACAUCAACUAUCCCCAUACCAAAUUGCUCUAAUUCAAUACAUCUCAAAAAUCAAGUUGCAGUAAUUGCAUUGGCGUUUGACAAUCUUCUACUAAUGUCACGUAUACUGAGAUGCGAUUAUGAUAGUGUUAAACAAGUAUUUUGUAAUUUAGAACAAGAUGUAAAGGGUAAUACGGCUCAAAUUCAGUCAAUACUAUUAGAACGUUGUGAUGGUAAUCGCAAUAUUCUUCAUGCUUGUGUUACUAUGUGUGCACCGACUUCUAACAAAAAAAGUGAAAAAGAAUUUGGGUAUGCAAUGGUAUCAAAUUCAGAUAAUACCUCAGCGCCUAUUGAAGAACCAAUACCAACUUUGAGUUGGCCACCUGAGGCAUUCGACAACACAUCUGGAGAAGAAGACAGUUUGCUUAGUAUAGGUGCUGCUAGUAUUUCUAUGAUGAAUAAACCUAGUAUAGGAGCAGCACCCAAUAAUACGUAUAUUGUAGAUUCCAAUGAAAGAAAGAAUAAUGCGAUACUAAUACUGAAGUACAUGUGUGAAAACAAUGUAUUAGCCCCUCACUUGAAAGAAUUACUUACAGCAAAGGAUGCUCAAGGACAAACACCAUUAAUGCUUGCAGUGUCUGUUCGUGCAUAUCAUGCAGCUUUAAUUUUAUUAGACACUAUUCAAAAAGUUGGUAGAGAUUCCAAAGAAUGUUCGGCAAUGAUUCUACCUCCUGAUGCUAAUCCGGAUUUAUCUCCUUUAUUCGUGACUUGCUGUAACGACACUUGUAGCUUUACAUGGACUGGUGCAGAUCAUAUCAAUCAAGAUAUAUUUGAAUGUAGAACCUGCGGUUUAACAGGAUCUUUAUGCUGUUGCACCGAAUGUGCUCGUGUUUGCCAUAGAGGACACGACUGCAAACUUAAAAGAACAUCACCAACGGCAUAUUGCGAUUGUUGGGAAAAAUGUAAAUGUCGUGCACUUAUAGCUGGUUAUCAAGUUGCACGUUAUGAUCUCUUAUGUCGACUUGUGGUCAAUACUGAUCUUGCCACAAAAAUCAAUUCAAGAGGAGAAUGCAUUUUAUUAUUUUUGGCCCAGACAGUAGGAAGGCAAUUCAUAGAACAACGUCAAUUUAGACCAGCAACUCGUCCUCGAUCAACAUCUGCAAGUCGUAAAGCACCUUCUUCGGAUGGAUUAGGUGCUGAUUCCGACAUGCCUGAUCAUGAUUUAGAACCACCUCGUUUUAGCCGAAAUGCUCUCGAAAGAUUGUUAAAUGACUGGUCAGCAGUUCAGUGUAUGAUUAUGUCAGGAGUAUCGGAAAAUGGGAAUGAACAAUUAUUCGGAGAUCAAGGGCAACUAUGUCGUCAGAGUGGCACAGCAUUACUAGAUAAAUUUACCCAUUUGUUACUUGUUAAAUGCAGUACAGAAAUGCUUGAUAUUUUACUUAUUACUCUUAUAAGAGAAUUGCAUAAUGAUACUAUACCUGGACGACAAGAAGAAGCAAACAAUGUUGCUCGACGAUUUGUAAGAUCUGUAGCUCGAAUAUUCGUAAUAUUUACUAUCGAAAUGGCACCUAAUACAGCAAAAAGAAAAAGUGCAAGUCAAGCAUCUCAACCUUUAAUGAAAUGUCGUAAAGUUUUUCAAGCCUUAAUUAAAUUGGCAAUUGAAGAAUUAUGUGAAACUGCAGAUUCAUUAAUAGCUCCAGUAAGAUUAGGCGUAGCACGUCCAACAGCACCAUUCACGUUAACUAGUUCUGCUGUCGAAGUAAUAAAUGGAUCUGAAGAAUUGUUUUCUAUAGAGCCAUUAAUACCUCACAGUGGAGUUAGCUCUCAAACUUUAGAUGGUGGUUUACAAACGCAACAAGUAAAUAAUAACAUAACUAUUGCAAGAGAUGUUUCUGCAAUGGAUGAAGUUGAAGGUGGAGAAGAUGUCCAUAUGGAUAUGGAUGGAGACAUAAGUGAACAUGACGAACCAGGUGUUUCCGGUACAGUUGCUGGCCAGCCGCUCGGUGAAGUUGACAGCAAUGCAGGUGGUGUUGGAGAAGAACAAGCAGGAGAAGGGGAAUCUGACACAGAAUUAGACCUUUUGGCUGAAGCUGAAACUGAAUCUGAUUCGGACGAUAAUCAUAGUAAUCAAGAUGCGGCAUCUGCUCAAAGAAGUGUACAAACUGGAGCUACUGCAGGAUCUGAUGGUGGCAUGGGUUCAAUAUUAUUAUUUCCUGAAGACGAAUCUGGUGAAUCUAGUCAACAAGAAGACGAUGAAAGUGAAGCAGGCGAAACAGAUGAACAAGAUAAUGAAGAUUUUCAAAAUGGAGAUGAACAAUUGGAACGUAGAAGUGGAUCAUCUGGUCAUUUGCAUCGCAACAAUCUGGCACCCGUUUCUAUGCAAUGGGCUAUUCGUAAUCGUGAGUCAAGUACACGUACUGCAGGCUUACGAGUUACUGGUGGCAGUAACUUAGUUUUCAUUGAUCCUGUAUCUCUGAGACGUACUACUGCUACAUCUGCCGUUGCAGCUGCACAAGAACCUAUAACUAUGGGAACCACUGCAAGUUGUUUGGCACGAGCGUUUGGAAUUGUCAUUCGACAAAUUGCUGAUCUAUUAGUUAUGAUGCAAGAUUACAAAACAUUAGCACCUACUUUACCACAACUAAUGGAAAUUACUCUCCAAGAUGCACUAAACUUACAGUUAUAUUUAGAAGCACAUUUGAAACCUACAUGGGAUUGGCUUUUAACAGUUAUGGAUGCAACCGAAGCACAAUUAAGAUUUGGAGUGUCUUUGACUCGUAGUGCCGAUCCGACACAUCCUGAACAUCCACUUAAUAAUGCUCCUUCACUUUCUGGCGGAAAUUUUACUGGACUAUUGAGUUCGGCAGCUCUUUCCUUGACAUUACAAGGAAAUGCAAGUCGAAACCAACGCAGUGGUAUUGCAACAAGUUCCAAUAUUUCUGCUCCUCAAGCUUCGACAAGACUUACUGUUGGUUUUGCUGGUGUUAGUGAACCUGCUAGGAAUAGCAGAGAACGUGAAGGUGGUGAUUUGCAUUCUGCUAGACGAGAGUUUUUGUCUUAUUGUUUAUCUUUGAUGCGCGCUCAUAAUGGAGAACACAGAGACAGUUUACCAGUUUUAGAUGUUUCUGCAUUAAGACAUGUAGCAUACGUAUUUGACGCUCUUGUAUAUUAUAUGCGCUGUCUUUCUGAACCAUUAACAUCAAGAGGCGAAGCACAAAAGGAAUCAGCAAAUUACACAUCAUGGCAUGAACAAGAUGAAAAUGAUAAUGAUGAAGGAGAGGAAUAUAAUUCUCCAGCACCUAAUGCAUUAGAACCUGAUUCUGUAGAAUAUCCAGAUUUACUUCAAGUUUCCAUGUGUGGGUCUGGAAACAGUAAUUCUACAUCUAAAGGAAGAAAACAUCCUUUUUUCCAAAGAUCAGAUUCUACCUUAUGCCUUGGUUGCCCACCUCUCGAUCCAUUUGAUACAGUUAUGAGCGAAGCAUUACCUUUAGCUGAUCAGCCGCAUUUAUUACAGCCACAUUCAAGGCGUGAGGAUCUCUUUGGUAUCCCACGACAGCAAACAGGUACUGCCAACCAAAAUCCAUUGGCAGGUUUACCUACAAGACUUGGCCUCUCCGCACGUGGUGCAGACAAUCAAAAUUUGUCUUCUUCUACAUUCGGUCAAAUUGUUCCUGGACCUACAUUCACUUCUACAGAAAUAAGACGACCUUCUGCUUCUGCUUCUGCUUCUGCUGGAGAUUCUGGAUCAAUAAAAUUUUCUGAAAGACCUACUAAAGUAUUUCGUGUAAAUGAAAAUCACGCACCAUUGACGACACCAUUGCAAAUGACUUUUCAAAACCCAAUACUAGAACAUAUAGACAGGGCUCCGAUUAUAGUAUCUACCAGUAAUCAAAGUGAAUCCGCAAAUAGCAAGAUUGCAAAAGAUUUGUGUAAAGCAAAUAGAAGUGUUAUAGUUAGAGCAGCUAGCAGUAUGGUUGAAAAUUUACACAAACUUACUGCACCUGAAAUACUGUUCAUUCCAUCGGUAGAAAAUCCAGACGUCUCCGAAGAAGUCGAUCCCGCUGUAACGAGUCAAGAAAUUUCUGCCCACGAAACAGUAGUAACAAGUCCAGUGGAAUCUGCUAGAACUAUCUUAAAUAUUGGGACAAAUAUUUCUCAUAAUAUUCUAUUAGGACGAUGGAGAUUAUCAUUGGAUUUAUUUGGUCGAGUUUUUAUGGAGGAUGUUGGUUUAGAAGCAGGAUCAAUUGUAUCCGAACUUGGCGGUUUUUCUGUGAAAGAAGCUAAAUUCCGUAGGAAUAUGGAAAAACUUAGAAAUUCUCAACAAAAGGAUAUCACUUUGUCAAAAAUUGAACGUGAUAGAACUCAAUUACUGGUGCAAACAAUGAAAGAAUUAAACACACAAUACAAUUUGUACAAUAAAAGAACUUCUAAUUCUCCACCUUUAGCAGUAAAUCGAGUAAAAGUAACAUUUAAAGAUGAACCAGGUGAAGGUUCAGGUGUUGCUAGAAGUUUUUAUACUGCAAUUGCUGAGGCCCUACUUGCAAACGAGAAACUACCAAGUCUUGAAGCAGCACAAGUUGGCUCCAAAUACACACAGUAUAAUGUUUUACAAAAAUUAAAAAGCAGAGAUCGCGAUCGUGAUCUUAGAAGACAGAAUCCUAGAUCAUCCGGGAAAUGUCGUGAAACACGUAAAGCAUUAUCUUUCGAAGCUCGUUCCUUUCAUCCAUCAAGUUCCGUAGAGGGAAAUAAUGCAUCUGGAUCUGGAAGCUCAUCAUCCAAUACUCAUCCUUUACCGGCCAGUCAUCCUAACAAUGAACAUUUGACAGUGCAUCAACAACAACUUGGUGAUAGAUUGUAUCCUAAAGUACAUGCAUUACGACCUGCAUUAGCAGAAAAAAUAACUGGAAUGUUACUCGAAUUGUCUCCGGCACAAUUAUUGAUGCUCUUGGCUUCAGAAGAUGCUUUAAGACAAAAAGUGGAAGAAGCAUUUGAAUUGAUUCAUAGUCAUAAUCAAGAUUUAACUAGUGAAGCACUUUUAGAUCUUGAUGUAUUCAGUUUAACUGAACGUUGUGCAGCUAAUAAGAAGAAGAUAGAAACUAAUAUUAUGGAUGACGGAGAAGAUAAUGCUCCUCUUUUCUAUUCACCCGAUAAAAGAGGUUUUUAUACACCCAGACAAGGUAGAGCCACUUAUGAACGACUAAAUGCUUUCAGAAACGUAGGCAGAUUAAUAGGCUUAUGUCUAUUACAAAACGAGUUGUGUCCAAUAUUUUUAAAUCGUCACGUUAUUAAAUAUAUAUUAGCAAGGCCAAUACGUUUUCAUGAUCUUGCCUUUUUUGAUUCUGUAAUUUAUGAAAGUUUGAGACAACUCGUCAUUGAUGCUGAAACUAAAGAUAGUAACAGUUUAUUCUCUGCACUGGAUCUUACUUUUAGCAUUGAUUUAUGUCCUGAAGAAGGCGGUGGUUCGAUCGAACUUAUAACAAGUGGUCGUGACAUAGAAGUUACAGCUAGCAAUGUAUAUGAUUACGUACGAAAAUACGCAGAAGUACGUAUGAUAAAAGUACAAGAGAAGGCCUUGCAUACAAUGCGAGAAGGAGUAUUUGAUGUUCUUCCGGAAGGAGCAUUGGAUGGUUUAACAUCUGAAGACUUAAGACUGCUUUUAAAUGGAGUUGGUGACAUUAAUGUGUCAGUUUUGAUAUCAUACACAUCCUUUAACGAUGAAUCUGGAGAAGCCACAGAAAAAUUAGUAAAGUUCAAGAGAUGGUUAUGGUCAAUUGUAGAAAAAAUGUCACACGUUGAACGACAGGACUUGGUAUAUUUUUGGACAGGGUCUCCUGCAUUACCAGCGAGCGAAGAUGGUUUUCAACCAAUGCCAAGUGUCACGAUUCGACCAGCCGAUGAUGCUCAUCUACCAACUGCAAAUACAUGUAUUUCUCGCCUAUACGUUCCACUGUACAGCUCUCGUCAUGUUUUACGGCAUAAGCUACUUCUUGCUAUCAAAACAAAGAACUUCGGAUUUGUAUGAAUUUGUCAAGUGAUCAUCAUGCUCGCUUGUCCCCCUCCCCUAAAAAAAAGCCACAUUACUGAUAUUGACAUAAGAAAAUGGUUAUGUGUUGUUGUUUUUCUUUCUUUCUUUCAUAGAAAAAUUUAUAACAUUUAUAAAUUUAUAAGGUGUAUUUAUGAAUUAUAAUUUCCCUUAUCAUAAAGCGGUCUUUGUCUUGAUAAGGAUUUAUGUUAAAGUGUCAUAUUUAGUCUUUAUAGUGGUCCAAUAAACUUUCCCAAAA